CAAAAUUAAAUUGUAUAUUUUUAAUAAAAAGUUAACAAAAUAAAAAUGAAAUCCUAACCAAACCCGAUCUCUACCCUAAUCUAACCAUCGUCACUGUCUCCUCCUUCCCCAAAUAGCGCCAUCGCUGGGCACGUGAUGACUCGAUAUUUGCACAUGUUUUCCCCUGUGUUUCUUGAUCGUUUGAGCUUUAAUUAUCACAUCUUUGGCCUAUUUUACGCUAGGUGGUGUUCCUUUGUCAUAUUUCAGGUCCUAGCACAUAAAGUGAAGCAUAGGCGCAAAGUUCAAGUCAAUCAGAGAUCAAUUGACGAUUCGGGAGAAGAAACUCGGGUAUGACCUGAAGAAGAAUGGAUUUCUACCUCACUUCAUGAACAAAGAAUCAUGCAAGCUUGUUAUGAAAUGAAAGAGGACGAGACUACGAGCGUCUGGGAUCAAACGGCGACUGAUUCGGAGUCCGGACGAGGGAGAAACGAAGCAUUGAACAGGCUCGGCAGUGAAAACACGGGCAGUAGGCCUUCAGAACACGGCCGUGUUCUGUGACCGUGUUUUUACUGCCGAGAGCUGAUUUGAGUUUGGCCAACUCGAGCUGAAAACACGGGCGGGCUGAGGCAAAGCACGGCCGUGCCCUCGACCGUGUUUUGCCCAGAAUCGGGUUUUUUAACCCAAAUUCGAGCCAAAGGAGAGGGAGAGCUGGGUUUUGGAUCCCAAACACCCAAGGGACGAACCCUAGAGAGAGAGAGCGACUUGGGAACAUUCUUGGAGCUAUUUUGGAGGAUUUCUUCGCCAUUGGAGCUCGGGAAUCAAGCCCGGACUUGAAGAUUGAUCAUCUGAAGAUUCUUACUGCAGUCUCUCUCUUCUCUAUGGAGUAACUUCCCUUCACUUAGGUUUUGAGGAACCCUAGCCAUGUUUGUUUGAUUGGAUGAUUGUAUGAGUACUCUGACUUGAUAAUCUUGAGUUCAUAUUCAAUCUAUGCAUGUUUUCACGAUUCAAUUCUGCUUUAGUCGAGAUUAUUGAUUCUGCUUUGAUCCUAUGAGAGCGAAUACCUGAUUAGGUCAAUAGAGCACCAUAGAUUGAUAGUAUUGGAUCGACUGCUUUAGUCGAGGGUUGAUUCACUGCUUUGUAUCGAUUGAGAACCUCAUUCGAUAGAGGGAAUCUAGUUCAGAACGCCUUGAUCAGUUGUUCUAGAGAAGGAUACGUCCCUCUAGGCAAUUGACUCAAGAGGGCCUUGUUCCUUUAGUCGAGACUCAAGGUCUAGUCAAGGAUUCUCCGCAUUGUGAAUGAAAGUGAAACAAGUUAGAGAUCAUCAAUCGUUAAUCUGGCUAGUGGCUAGGGGGAAUCAUACCUAAGUGAGUUCCCAACCUGUAAUUAGAUUAACUUUAACUGUAGUUUGCUAGAGUAGUUUUAGUUCUUUCAACUUAAUCUGUUUUGCUAGAUAACGAACUGAAGCUGAGUAAUAGUAACUCUAGAGACCCGUGGAUUCGAUAUUUAUUACUUGAGCCACUAUACUGCAGUCCCUUUCAUUGGUUACACUUGGCCUUUGUUAGGAGUUGUGCCAUAGCGAGUCAAGUUUUUGGCGCCGUUGCCGGGGAAUUUCUAGAUUAUUAGGAAAGGCAGAAGUUUGUUAAUUUAGUUUUUUUUUUUCUUUCUUUUCUUUUCCACCCUUGCUUUUCACUUGGGUGUUUUUGUUUUUGUUAGUGCAGAUUUGAAUCAUGGAUCCUCAUGGCUUCUCCAAUCAUUGGGGGUAUCCACCACCACCCGAGUGGUAUUACCCCGAGACCCCCUGGAGCAAUCAAGGAGGAGAAGACUAUGGAUUCGGGUUCCAGUACCAACCCCCUUACUACGGAGAACAACCGGACCCCUGGGCAUAUCAAGAACAACCUCAUUAUCAAGAAGAAUUUCUCCCACAACCAGAAGGGCCAUCGGAGCUGGAGUUACUCCUGGAGCAGUUUACUCGAGCCUCUGAGAGAAUAUGCUCCAGGAUGGAUCAUCAAAUCCAAGCCCUUCCCUCUUCCGAUCCCUCAUAUCUCCGUGAUAUGGAGGAGGCUGUUCAACGCUCAGCGAAGCAAACAGAGUGGGUUGAGCAAGUUUGUGCACAACUUGCUCAAGAUCACCCUUCUGCUACCAUACAAGAAGAGGAGGAGGAAGAAGAAGGCUACACGGACAUUAGGGAGCACACAGAAGUUGUCACGGAGAGCUCCCGUGAUGAUCAUGAUCAGGAAUGUCCUGUCGUAGCCGACCACCCUUUCCCACAUCCCACACUGAGCUUCGAAGAGGUGGGCAUGAGUGAGGAGAUGCAAGAAGAUCUCAUGAAAGAAAUUGCUUGGAAACUUGCUCUCCAAUCCGUGCUAGAAGAAGAAGAGCAAGAAAGGGUGCAGAAAGAGGUUGUGGAGGAUGACGAAAGCGAAGCAGGAGGAGUUCUUGAUCAUUUCCCAGGGGUGAUACCACAUGAAGAAGGAAGGGAGGUUGAAGGAGCAAUUGUCGUCCAGGCCGAGGACGAAGUUGAGGUGGAAGAGGCUUGCACCGGCCAUGAGAUACAUGUGAUAUCUCCACCAAACUUCGAGGAGCUGCUUGGCAAGGACCCAUUUGCAGUGUCUCUUUGCCAGACCAAGGCCACAUCGACAUCGGUCCCUCUUGGUGGACGCGAUGGUGGCCAAUCGAUGCUGUCUUAUCUGGUUUGGGGUAAUGAGACGAGAGAAGAGAAGAAGAGGUCUCGAGGGUGGAGACUUCAUCUGCAUCAAGUACACGAGCCUUCAUCACCUGCCACACCACAUGCUCGUGACUUGAGACUCCACCUCAUCGACGAGAACCUCAACUUCAAGGAGGUUCUAGCGUGGACCGAAACUUAGGAGCCAUCGUCCGGCUCACGACGUGAAAGAAGCGCUUGUUGGGAGGCAACCCAACCAGUCGGUUUGCAUUUCUUUCUCUAUUACUCUUCGGUUGAGUCAGUUUUGUUCUUUGAUUUUAGAGUCAAUAACUCAACCUUUGUGAGAUUUUGUGUGGUGUUUGUGUUCUGAUUACUCUCUCCUCCUGGAAUACAUCGCCUGCCCCGUCCACCAUCAUUCACCCUUGAUCUGGUAACUUCGUUCUACCCUCCUUAUCUUUCCUCCAUUGAGGACAAUGUCGUGCUUAAGUGUGGGGGGAUGUUCGAUUAUGUAUGCGUGUCAAUGGUUGGCUGUUUGUGUGCUUGGAGCCUAGUCCACUGCCCAAAUUUCGAUUUGAGGGCUCCAAGUACGUGUUUCCUUGCAAAUUGCCUGCUCAGUAUGCUUUGAAUUGACAGUCUCUAUAGUAAUGUGCAACCUAGGGAGGUAGUGUAGCACUAUGGAGGAUGUUGAAGUAUAAGAUUUUUCCUAUCUAGCUCUUUGCUGUGCCAGUUGAUUUUGUGAAUUAGUGGAGCUAGGACCGUUGAAUUCAUGUGGUGAUGGUGACUCUAUGUGGAUUGUGUUUUGGACUCGUGUAUCGAACAGGGUGCUCAUAUAGAAAAUGGAAAGCAGUUGGUCCUCCAUGUCGAAAUCAUUGAAAUCUUAAACAUGGGGUAAGCCCAACGUGUGUGGCAUCGUUCAUUGCACAAAAUCGGGUUUUGGAAGAGAUUUUAGUGAUCCUUAGUGGGGUACUCCUACAAGGUGAAGCUAAGCUGUCUCUAGUACAAGUAAAAUUUUCACCCGUUGAACGGUUUGCCUACUCGAGGAUGUGUUUUUAAGGGCACGGAUAGAGCUUCCGACCCCCCUUAAUUUCAUUGACCCUCCACACGAGUUGAGGAAAAGGAGUUAAAAGAAGUACUCUGGCGAGCGCCAGAUGUACAGAAAUUGCUCUUGCUCGACUAAUAAGGGUCGACCGUGCAAAAGACUGCAGUUGGAACCCCCGCCAAGUGAAUAAAAAGGAAAAAAAAGUAAGUAAAAUGAAAGUGAAAAAGGGGUUCCAACGGUGAAAUGAAGUGAAAGAGCACCC